AUGGGGGGCGGCGUCUCGGGACUCUGCGCGCAAGAGCUGGGCCAUGUCAACAUGGCACCUGUGCAUGAGCUUUGCUUUCCGAUGUAUUUGAUGAAGGUCAGCGAUUUCCUGAAGUUGCCUCCGGGGCCAGUGGAAGCGCAUGAUCAGGUGAGAUCUAAACUCCAUGCCUGGAGACCAGGAAUGUUCGUGAUCUUUGUGUCUCAUCAAUGGCUUGGCACCGCUCAUCCUGAUCCACUUGGCGAGCAGAUGUCAGUUUUGCGCGGCGCCCUGCGUGGCAUGAUCGAUGGAUCGCAAAAAGUGGACGUGGAUGUGAUAUCUGCAAUCAAGGGCCAACCAGCUCUGAACUUUACCAACACAACACGCAAAAAUGUAGCAGAAGGCUACCUUUUCUUGGACUGGUUUGCGAUUCCGCAGGUGACCAGUCGCCAAGAGGGCGUGAACGAGGACAGCACUCGUUCGAAAGCGGCCUUAGCAGUGCACAGCAUCCCAGCAUAUGUGGAGAUGUGCAACGUCUUCAUCGCAUUGGUGCCUGAGUUGCGUCACACGGCCACCAAAAACGCUUGUAAUUACGCAUCGUGGCUGUCGAGAGGGUGGUGCCGGGCGGAGCUGUGGUGUCAUUUGCUUUCAAACAAGGCUGACACAAGCGUGAUCUUGGUCCACUCUUGCAAGGAGGCUGAAUUUAUGUUUCCUUUGGACUGGCAGGACAACUGUGUCGCCACGGGCGCCUUUACUGUCGAAGCCGACCGGGAAGUGGUGACCAACUUGGCUCAGAUGGCCGUAGAUAGCAAAAUUGAGUACCUCGCUGCUUUAGGAGCUUCAUCUCCGAGCCACUUGGUGCUCUACCGCUUCUACUUGGCCUAUCGACAUCGGAUGUUGGGACAAGAGCCUGUGGCCUUGGAUUUGUACAACUUUUUGCGGUGCUUCAGAUUCGGAACCUUUCAGCAGGCUGUGCAAGAAAGCAGCUACAUGAACGGACUGCUGUGUGCCCUCUUUGCUGAAGAUGUGCAAAUGUUACGCCUGCUGCUGAAAUACAAAGCGGACGUCAACUCCCGUUUGUAUGGCUUGACGCCCCUGGGAUAUUUUGAUUCGCAGACCUUGCUGAUGGCAGCUUUGAAAUCCAAUCAGAGCAUCGCAGUGGUGAAAACUCUCCUGGACCAUCGGGCUGAGCCCAACCUGGGCGGCUACGAAGGAGAGAGCCCGGCGUUUCUGGCGCGUUCGCCCUUACACAUCAAGCUGUUGAUGGAAGCCAAAGCAGAUUUGAACGCCGGAGGCGGCAGUAAUGGUCUCACUCCUCUCAUCGGCGUUGCUUCCUAUGCGGAUUCGCCCACACUCUCUACGAUGUUGGCCGCCCGCUGUGAUCCAAAUCCACCCCUUAGCGGCUUUGGCUUCUCGCCACUGCAUGGCGCUGUGCUGUUCUCCCGGCGGAAUAGGCACGCGCUCCUCUCAGCACAAAUGCUGCUCAAGCAGCGUGCAGAUGUCAACUGCCGAGCACGACCACAAGGAAGAUGGGCCUUGGUGUGCCACGCUGCCCGCGCUCACUGUGCUUUGAUGGGUUUUAAUUGCAGCUCCAUGAUCACUCGUUGCUUUGCCUCCCUGCCGGGGAUCACCCCUUUGGGCAUGUCAGCAAUGGUUGGGGACCAUGAAUUGACGAAACUUCUGUUGGAGUCGAGUGCUGAGCUGCUGAGCAACGAGCGGGGCGAUAGCCCAGAGGAUUUGGCACGGCACAUGGGACAUCUGCGACUGCUUCCUGAGUUGGUCCCCACCUUCUCCACCUGAGACGCCCUGGAUCUGCGUUGAAUUCGUGCUCCGGCCGAGGCAUC